AUGGAGGCGAAUGGCUUCCUGCUGCUCUCCAAGGCCUUUGCUGUGCGAGCUGUGCAGACACCUCAUAGAGCCUCUGCGUCCGCGUAUUCUGCCCUGGCUGCGAAAAGCAGGGAAGAGCGAGAAGCGCCGACCGGUCGUGUGUUGCCGAGCCGUGCCGCGGCUGUCGCCCAAGCGGGCGCCGGCAGUGCAGAGUCCAACGGGGAGACAGUUGAGGAGACGGAGUCUCGCGCGCAUCAGCUCCAGUUCUGGGUCUCGCGGCUUCGAGAGGAAAAGGACACCGGCGCCAUCUACAUGCUGAGAGAGAUUCUAAGGAAGCCAAAGAAGGCGACAAGUUCCGCGCCCUCGCCUCGUCUCGAUAAACGGCUAGAGAGAACUGGGACGCAAGAGGAGAAGCCUGUCUCUGCUGCGCGGCCACCGGAGACGGAGGACAUUCUCGACCAGAUGGAAGAUCUCCUCAGGUCUCAUGGAGAGAUGACGGCAGAAGUCGGAGAGCUGCUCAGCUAUCGGCACCAGACGCGCCGAGAGGGUCGCAAGGAACUUCUUGCCCUUGGAUUCACUGGUUUUUCCACUGCCUUUGCUGCAGCAAUUCAUCCCUUCUUCUUCCUUGGUACUCUGAUCGGUCUGCGUUCCAUUUUGAAAGCUCGCGCUCCAGAACUGGAUCGUGAAGCUGGAGCGCGACGGUUGCAGGAAAUCAAAGACUCUCUUCGAACUCAGGAGAAGCAACUCUUCAGACUUUCCGAGACGCUGCUCGAGUUGGAAGACGCGAAACCCCGGAAAAAGGAGGCAUAG